AUGAGGCUCAUAGGCACUGCCAUUUACAUGGCUGUGGCCGUGACAGCUCACGGCCAUGUCACCAACAUUGUUGUCAAUGGUGUAUUCUACCGCAAUUUCCUCCCAGACACGGACCCCUACAACCCAAAUCCACCCAAGGUCAUGGGCUGGACGGCUGGGAAUACCGACAAUGGCUACGUGGCACCCGACGCCUUCCAGUCUCCCGAUAUCAUAUGUCAUAGAUCGGCCACUCCAGGCAAGGCUCAUGCUGCGGUACGAGCGGGUGACUCGAUCUCGAUCCAGUGGGAUACAUGGCCUGAGUCUCAUCAUGGCCCUGUCAUCGACUACUUGGCUAAUUGCAACGGGCCUUGCGAAACGGUGGACAAGACGUCGCUUAAGUUCUUUAAGAUCGAUGGCUUUGGGCUGGUAUCAGGCUCUGACCCUGGCUACUGGGCCGACGACGCGCUCAUCGCCAACGGCCUGUCCUGGCUGGUCAAGAUCCCAGAGGACAUCGCCCCGGGAAACUAUGUUCUCCGCCACGAGAUCAUCGCCUUGCACGGAGCGAACCAGGCCAACGGGGCUCAGGCAUACCCGCAGUGCUUCAACCUCGAGAUCUCCGGAACGGGCACUUCUCAGCCUUCAGGUGUCUACGGCACUGACUUAUAUAGGGCCAAUGACCCGGGCAUACUAUUCAAUCUUUACACCAAGUUCACGACAUACCCUGUUCCAGGUCCAACCCUAAUUCCUGGUGCGGACCUCAACCUUGUCACCGACUACAGUUCUGCCCACGACCUCAGCUGGCAAUGCCUUGCCAACGUCCACGUCUCCUACAAGUCCGGCCUCCACAACAAUGACGACAGUGACAACGGCGACUGCACCAGCCACCACAAACCCUCCUGCGACGGUGGGCCAAACACAGUGGGGUCAAUGUGGCGGGUCCAACUACGCCGGCCCAACAUCGUGCUAUGGAUCUAA